AUGAUGGAAUCAACAAAUACAACUACUGAUCAACAAACACCACCAACAAUACCAAUUAAUAAUAGUAGUAGUCGACGGAAACAAAGCAAACCAAAUAGACUUGAACAUGUUGUUCUUGAAACUGCAUCGACAUGCGAUACAAUAAAUUCAUCAUCAAUUCUUCCACCAUUAACACAAUAUCAUGUAGCUGCUGAACAACAAGAAGGUGGUAUUGGUGAUGAUGAUUCCGAUCGUAUUAGUUUAAAUUGUGAAGAUGGUUCAUUAUCAUCACAUUCAACAGGUGAACAUUAUGCUAUGGAAGAUAUUAUUAAUCGUUCAAGACGUUCAUCACAUCAACAUCAAUCACGUACAAUUGAUAAAACAAAUUUUGAUGAAAAUAUUGAAAGAAUGUUAAUUGAAGAAAAUCAACAACAAGAACAUAUUGAUCAUAAUAAUGAAACAAUUGGUAUACUUGAUUUUAGUUUAAAAAUUGAUGAAGCAAAUAAACUUUCAUUAAAUUCAACAAAUCGUUCACGUUCAAUAAAUACAACAGGAAAAUCACGUUCAUUAAAACGAAAACAUCAAAAUGAUACUAUAGAUAAUAACAAUGGAACAAUAACAAUGCCAACAAGAAUAUUUCAUGCUGAUGCUUUUUGUGCAAUUUGUCGAAAGGAAUUUUGUAACAAAUAUUUUCUAAAAACUCAUUUGGCUAAUAAACAUGGUAUAUUUGAUCAUCAAUCUAUUGGACCAUCUGUUUCAACUCCAAAUUUAACAUCUAUACAAGGUAAUACUGAUACAAAUAAUGAUUCAAAUCUUCAACAUCCAUUUACUGUUAUAUCAACAUUAUUACAUAAUGGUCAUGAAGAUUUUUCAUCAUCACCAACAUCACCAUCAUCUGAUAUGAUACAAAAUCACCAAAAUAAUGAUGAUGAAAAUGAAACUGAAUUAACUUCAUUAAGACAUGAAAUGAAUGGUGUUAUUGCCGGUGAUGACGAUAAUAAUAAUGAUAAUAAUAAUCAUGAUCAUGAACAAGAUGAUAAUGAUGAUGAUGAUAAUGAUGAUAAUGAUGAUGAUGAUGAUGAACAAGAUGGAACAAAUACAAAUUCAUUAAUUAAUCUUCCACAAAAAAUUGCAACUAUAUUAUGUAAUGAUAAUAAAAAUAUGAAUUCAGUAACAAUAUUAAAUGAUAAUGAUGAUGAUCAAAAUGAUUUAUUAACAAAUUCUCCAACAAAUAGUUUAGAUUUUCAACAACAACAAGCAUCAUCAUCAACACAAAUAAUAAAUUUACCAUCAACACCAUCAUCAACAACAACAACAACAAAUUUAUCACGACAAUCUUCAGCUAAAUUACUUGAAGAUUUUUGUGAUAUUUGUCAAAAACAUUUUUGUAAUAAAUAUUAUUUACGUAAACAUAAAUUGGAUGUACAUGGUGUUCAAACUGAUUGUAAUAUAAAGCCAUAUAAACGUAUUGAUAAUAAUUCUUUAACAUCAAAAAAUUCUCCACCAUCAACAUCAUCUCAACAAAAUUCUCCAUCUAUACAAUUACCAUCUUCAUUUCCAAAUGUUGCAUUUAAUCCAUCGUCUGUUCAACAGAGUCUUGGUAUGUUACUUAAUCCAAUAUUUUCUCCACUUGUUCAAUCUCAAACAAAUACCGAACAAACAUUAUUAUCAUCAUCAAAUAAACGUCGUCAUACAGAUAAUUCAAAUGAAUCAUCAUCAUCAUCAUUAUCAUUAUCAAAACCACAAUUUCCACAAUCAUUAUUAACUGUUGCGUCAGAUGUAUUUGCUAAUCAAUUAAAUUCUGUAACACAUAGUUCAACAACACCAACAACACCAACAACAAAAUCUCAAAUAAGUACAUGUCAUUUAUGUGGAAAAAAAUUUCAAACAAAUGAUUAUUUACAAUUACAUUUGAUGAAUAAACAUCAAAUAACAACAGAUAUACAAAAUUUUGAUAGUCAACAACAACAACAACGAACAAAAAUGUCAAAUUUAAUUAAAUCAUCUAAUGGUACAUUAAAUAGUAAUACAGUUAAAAAAAUUAAAUUAGAAACAAAUGAAAUACCAUCAUCAUCAUCAUCAACAACAACAACAACAACAACAACAGUUAUUAAAGCAUCAUCACCUAUUGAUACAAUGACAUCACCAAAUCCUUCAGCUGUUAUACCAGGUAUUGUUGAUACAUAUUUUGCUGCUAAAAUGGCUGAUCGAGUUUCGUGUGAUAUAUGUCACAAGCAAGUAUGUAAUAAAUAUUUUCUUAAAACACAUAAACUUAAAGUACAUGGUGUUGGACCUGAUCCAAUGGUUACAUCAUCAUCAGUUACAAUAACUAAUUCUGAAACAUCUGAUGAUAAUAUUGAACAACAACAACAACAAUCCCUAUCAUCAAUUGAUGGUAGUCCACCACAACUUGUUGUCGAUGAAAUGAAUACAUCAAAUAUUGAACCAGGCGUUAUACCAAGUCCAGAUACAUUAACAAAUUCAGUUAAUAGUUUUAUUAGUACAAAUAAUAAUAUUAAUAAUACAACAAAUGGUUCAAUUGAACAAGCAACAACAAGUAUUUGUGAAAUAUGUUCAAAAUCAUUUCCAACAAAAUUUCUUCAUGUACAUAUGAAUAAUGUACAUGGUAUACAACAACAACCAAUAUCAUUAUCAAAUGGUACAACAUCAACUAAUAAAAAUAUUUUAGUUACAAAUACAAUUAAACGACCAUUAACAAAUGGUAAUAAUCUUACUGGAAAUACUAAUGUUCGUUUAAAACAAACACCACAAGUUCAAUUACGUGUUACAUGUCAAGUAUGUAAAAAGGAAUUAUGUAAUAAAUAUUUUUUACGUGCUCAUAUGCGUAAUGUUCAUAAUAUAUCUGUGGAUGAUUUACGUUUAAUUCAACAACCAUCAACAACAUCAAGUACAACAUCUCAAUUAUCACCAUCAUCAGAUUCACAAUCAUCGAAAACAGCACUUUCAUUAUCUUCAAAUAUUUUAUCAGCAACAUCUACGAUUCCAACUGAUAUAAAUGUUGUAUCAACAAGAAAAUAUUCAUUAACAAAUGAUAAUGAUUUAAAUGGUCAUAUAACUGAUAGUAAUGAAUCAGAAAAUAUUAAUUUAACAAAAGAAACAAAUAAUUAUUCAUCAUCAUUAAUAACAACGACUAAAAUAUCAACAAAUGACAAUAACAAUAAUAAUAAUAAUAAUCGUCUUUUGUCUAUGCAACCUUUCUUAGUUGAAAGUGAUGAUGAUGUAUAUAAAGAUUUAUUUGUACCAUGUAUGGUUUAUUUACCUUGUCGUCAUCGUGUUACAAAACCAUUGGAAGUAUCAUUACGACUUAAACCUGUUGAUAAUACAACUUCGACAGCAGCAACAGCAGCAACAGCUAUUAUAGCUGAUUAA